AUGCCGAAGUUGCAAUGUAAAAAGUGUAAACAAUUUUUACCAAAUACCAAGGAAGACAGUGUGGAGUGUAAAAAGUGCAAACAUGCCUUUCAUAGAAAGUGUGUAAAAGAUAUAAGUUGUUUUAGUGCUAAAGGCAUUUGUGAUACGUGUGAAGAGGUAAAAACAGGGGGCGGAACGCCACGCUCACCAACGACUAAAGACAAUGAAGUCGUACUUGAACAAAUUAAUGAACGAAUGGCUAUAGUGGAGGGAAUGAGCAAAAAAUUGGAAGAAAUUAACUUACAGCUUAAAUAUUACGCAGAGAAGUACAAAGAAACGUUAGAUUUUAAGAAGGAAGCUACUGAAAAAUUCACUAAGCAUGAAAAUCAAAUUAAAGAUUUGCAACAACGUAAUAUUCACCUAGAGAAGCGCAAUAAAAUGAUGGAAGAACGUAUAUGUGUAUUUGAAAAUCGAGAAAGAGAAAAAAAUAUCGAGUUGAAUGGUGUUAAAUACAAAGAAAAAGAAAAUAUACUCGAAAUUGUACGUAAAAUUUCACAUAUGAUGGGAGUAGAAGAUGACAUAGAGAGUGCUUGGCGGGUGGGAAGAGAAAAAAAUAACGGAAAGCCGCGCCCAGUUUUUGUGCGAUUGAGAAGCUGA